CCAGCAUCCAGCCUCUAGCUCCUGACGUCUCUCCUCCCUUCGCUCUACUGCAAAUCUCCAAGUCCUUCUGAUUUCUGUUGUCUUUCUCUGCUCAGCUUGCAGUAGAGUUGGAAUUAACGGCGCACUGCUGGCGUUUCAAAGCGUGAGCAUGUAUACAUUUGGCAGGCAGGCAGGCACCCUCAGUCUGAGUUUGCCCAACUGCUAAGGCAAGGUCAGGUUCUCUGGCCAUCUUGGUGUGCGCUGCUUGUUUGCGUACACAGUGGAAAGAAAGCACACAUUUGGUGUGUUGAAAGAGCUUGCUGCUCUCCUGAGGUAGGUGAGGUACGUUUCGUUAGCAGGGACUGAAAGGACCUUCUCCGACACCAGACACGCUGAGCAUGCUGUGUGAAGACAGGAUGUCACAUGACAAAGGAAACCAGUACAAAUAAUUAUUUAAGGAACAUUGUCCUAUGCAAGCUCAUUCAAAGGGGGAACAAGACUACGUUGAAGAGAGAAAUCGCGCCCAACUGAGGACUGCAGCGAAGACAGAAAAAGUGCCUCCAGGAUGGCCUCAUUAUAUCAAGUGGUAUAUUUUAUCUUUUUUGUCUCAGUUUCUGAUGGGUGUGUCACUAAGCUCUUCAAAGACACCUGCUUUCAAGGAGGUGACAUCGGUACUGUUUUCACACCGAGUGCCAAGUACUGCCAACUGGUCUGCACCCACCACCCACGGUGCCUGCUCUUCACAUUCAUGCCUGAGUCAUCUUCGGAUGAUCCUACCAAAUGCUUGCAGCAAAGAUGUGUAUGAGGACCUAGACAUGAAGGGCAUGAACUACAACACCUCGGUCGUGAAGAACGCUCAGGAGUGCCAAGAGAGGUGCACCAACGAUGCCCAUUGCCACUUUUUCACAUACGCAACAGGGCGUUUUCCCAGUGUGGAGCAUCGCAAAACUUGUCUUUUGAAGUACACCCAAACGGGGACACCAACCAGAAUAACAAAGCUCAAUCACGUGGUAUCGGGAUUUUCACUGAAGUCCUGUGGACUGUCUAACGCGGCUUGCAUUAGGGACAUUUUCCCGAACACGGCACUUGCGGACCUCAAUGUUGACAGAGUGCAGGCCCCAGAUGCCUUUGUCUGUCGACGCAUUUGUACGCAUCACCCCACCUGUUUGUUUUUUACAUUCUUUUCCCAAGAGUGGCCGAGAGAAUCUCUAAGACAUCUUUGCCUCCUCAAAACAUCUGAAAGUGGAUUACCAAGCUCGCGCAUCACAAAGAGCAAUGCGCUUUCUGGCUUCAGUCUCCAGCAUUGCAAGCACAGCACCCCAGUAUUCUGCCAUCCGUCCUUCUACAACGACACUGAUUUCUUGGGAGAAGAAUUGGAUAAUGUUGAAGUGAAAGGCCACGAAACCUGCCAGAAAUCGUGCACCAAUGCUGUCCGCUGCCAGUUUUUUACCUAUUCCCCCUUUCGAGGAUCUGGCAAUGAAGGGAGGGGCAGGUGCUCCCUAAAACUGUCUUCAAAUGGAUCUCCAACUAGAAUACUUCAUGGGAGGGGAGGCAUCUCUGGAUACACUUUGAGGCUGUGCAAAAUGGAUAACGUGUGCACAACCAAAAUCAAGUCCAGGAUUGUCGGAGGAAGUGCAUCUGUUCACGGUGAGUGGCCAUGGCAGGUGGCCCUGCACAUCACCUCACCCACCCAGAGACACCUGUGUGGAGGCUCCAUGAUCGGAAACCAGUGGAUACUGACAGCCGCUCACUGCUUCUCUGGGACAGAGGCGUCUAAGCACCUGCGUGUCUAUGGUGACAUUGUACACCAAUCAGAAAUAAAUGAAGAUACGGCUUUCUUCAGGGUUCAAGAAAUCAUCAUUCAUGAUCAAUAUAAGGCAGCAGAAAGCGGGUAUGAUAUUGCCCUGCUGAAACUGGAAUCACCCAUCAAUUACACAGAUUCUCAGCGGCCAAUAUGCCUACCUCCCAAAGGCGAUGAGAAUGUACUAUACACAGAGUGCUGGGUGACUGGAUGGGGGCACGCCAGAUUAAGAGGUGAAGUACAAAAUACUCUCCAGAAAGUCAAGAUACCGUUGGUGUCAAAUGAAGAAUGUCAGACAAGAUACAGGAAUCAUAAAAUAACCAACAAGAUGAUCUGUGCCGGCUACAAAGAAGGGGGGAAGGACGCGUGCAAGGGAGAUUCUGGAGGGCCACUGUCCUGUAAGCACAACGGGGUCUGGCACUUGGUGGGCAUCACGAGCUGGGGUGAAGGCUGUGGCCAGAGGGAAAGGCCAGGUGUCUACACCAACGUGGCCAAGUAUGUGGACUGGAUUUUAGAGAAAACUCAAACGGUGUGAAAGAGUUCAAUAGGUAUCAUUUGGUGGCCCCGGAAGAUUAGUCCACAAGAGAGGGCUUGAUCCCAGUGACGAGGACACUGGGAGGCUGUAUCCUCCACUGUAACAACCCGAAGGGGCUUGAUGGAUGUAAGAAAAUACAGAAAGAAAAUUUAUUUUCAGAACUCCUGAUCUGCAAAAAUCAUAGAUUGUUUCCACAUCCAUCCUCUACUCAAUGAAACAAAUGCAGCUGGGAGAUAUUUUUUUAAAAUAAAAAUACAGCAGAUAUCCUAAGAAAGUAUCGAGCAGAGGUCCUGUUGGCCUUUUAGUCUCUGCGACAAGUACCUGAAGCCGGUCAGGGGAGGAAAAGCUUCUCUUGCCACCUUUCCAGAGGUUUGAGCCUGUGAUCUGCUUGACGGCCUCCAUUGCUUUAGCUGAGGUGAGGCAAACAUAUGGUAACAGGAGCCUGGAAGAGGAGUUGCGUGCUUCAUGGUAGCCAGAAAGCAAAGGGAAACAGGAACAGGAAAGUACUGGGGACAAGACGGGUCCUUUAAGGAAACAGUACCACUCAUCUACUUCUUCCGGUGACAUCCCAAUCUGGAAAGUUCCCACUCCUUCCCAGAUGGCACCCCCGAAUGGAGACAGUUCCCAUGCGAACCCUAGCAGGCACCAAGAGAUCAGAGGGAAAUGCCAAGAAACCAUAUAAAGGUUGAUGACUGCAAAAUCCAAAUCAGAAGGAAUGCAGACAAGAGCACACAAGGACCACUUAUAGGAACCUGCUCUUCUCUGCCUAUAUCGGAUAUGGAAGAUGCCGAAAUGAAGAGAGAGGUGAAGGCAGGGGGCAAGACUGGUACAGAGCCUCAGCAGAAACAGGAGAGCAAGUGACAACGUGGACAGAUGAUGGGACAUCCCUGGCUGUCCUAGGGGUGUCCAUGGAGUGCACACUCACCCGUAUGGGCACUGGGUCUGGCUACUGAGGGAGGCUGACAGAGUUCAAUGAUGGGUUUUAAGAAAAAACAAACAAACAAAAAAAAAAAACAAAACAGAAUCUUUGUUAGAUUUUUAAGUGUGUAUAUGUCUCCAUGUGUGUCCGUGUAAGUGCAGGUGUGGGGCAGGGUGGAGGCGGGGCAAAGAUCAGCCUUUGCGUUCUUCCUCAUGAGGCAUUCACACUGUUAUUUCGAGGCAGAGUCUUACAGGAAUUUGGAGCUUCCUAAUUAGGCUAAGCAAGCUAGCCAGUAAGUCCAGAGUCCUUUCUGUCUCUACCUCCCAAAGCUGGCGUUGAGAACACGUGCCAUCAUGCCCAGCUUCAAUUUUUCCCUCUCCCUCUUUGUGUACACACAAGUGCACACACAGAUAAAACACACACAUGCACACGCACACAUCAUAAAGUGUAUGUAGAGGUUUACAGACAAUCUUUGGCAGUCUUCAUGAACCAAUUCUCUCCUUCCACCCUGUGAGAUCCAGAGAUGGGCAUUCGGUGUUCAGACUCAGUGGCAAAUAUCUGUACCGAUUUACCCAUGUGCCAAGCCAGCUGGCCUGGCUUCCCGCAGAUGCUGGGCAUCAAAGUCCAGUUCUCAAGUACGCCCAGCAAGCGUUUUGACAGAGGGAGUUCCCCCAUGGCCUUUUCAAUGUUCUCUCUGUAUUUUCUCAAAUUAGUCUGGACAGGCACGGUGGACGGUGUGAAAGCAGACCCCAUAAUUUCCAUAGGGCUGUGCUUAGGAGGAGCAGUUCCCCAAGAGCUGGCACCUUGACGAUUCAUCUGGAUGUGCUUGUCUUGGAAAGCAGCUCUGCACAACCUAUGCUCCCACUGGCAAUAUUUUGGUAAAGAACAGAUUGAUGGAGAUAAGAUGGGAAAGCCAAAGCCUCCCUGAGAUCUGCCAGAGAGCUGAGUAAUGAAUGUGUUCAGCAGAAAUGAAUGUCAAAACCGUGUGUAGUACAGUAAAAGGUAAUUUAGGAGCCAACAUGGUUUGGGGGUAGCCUUCAGCAUCCUCAAACAGCUCCCUGUAUUCCUGAUUUUGUCUAGGCAUGGGGCAAUAACGUAGUGUUUGAACUGAGAUGACAUCAUUUUCAAUAGCUAUACAAGCUGCGCAAAGUGACAACCAUCUAUUGAGCACAAGUAUGUGACCGUGUCUCGUGGAGCUUUGGGGAUUUAGGCAUUGUCAAUAAAUUAUUCAUUUCAUGAAGCUCAGAGUCUAUUUAGUAUGAGUCAAAGAAAAUAGUACAAAAUACACUCCCAGACAGAAAUAAGUAGGAUGCAAAGGGUCCUAGGAGAUGAAGGAGGAGAGAGAGUCAGCACAAGCUAAGUGUGGGGUGAAGAAGAAAUGGUUCCAAGCAGGGCAAAGCAAAGACAACAAGGCCCAAAGAUCAAAGUAACGGAUCCAAAAUGCUUGUUAGAAUAAAACAGAACUGGGCUCGAGCAUUGUCCCGGCUUCGCAAUCAGCAAGCAAAGGCUAGCAUCUUUGAUUCCCCGUUUAUUUUGUAUUUCGCAUAGAACAAUGUGAGGAUGCAGUUGUGAAGGAGAGGAGGGAUUUCUGUCUUCUCCAAAAAGUAGUUAAGAAAGGUGUACAUUUUAGUUUUUCAGUAUUUAGCUACGUGCAAUAUCUUAAUUCUGAAUAUUUAGUACCUGCCCGUGAUUCGUGCAUAAACACACUCUGGGCUACAAAAUGUACAACGAAAAGAUUCACUGCUCCAACACCGAGAGACGGGACAUCUGUGUGGUGCCCCCUGUCUCCCCUAACCCCCUCUCCUGGAGCUAGCGCUGAUUGUCGCGGACAAGCCUCUUCAGUCUGUCACAGAACGUGAAUUCCACUGCGGUAUUGUUAUGUCUCCACCUGUAAAAUGUUACUCUUUGAAACUAUGUAUGGCUUCUUUUCUGGUCCCUGAGGCACAUGCUCAACAUUAACAAGGUUGUGGGGGGGGGGGCAGAUUUAUUUGGGCUCAUGGCUUUUGAGUCCAAUCUACUGUUGCUUGGCCCCAACACUGUGGCAUGGUGGACCGGAACCAGAUGGCAGGACAGGAAGAAGUGACCUACUUCUUCAAGGUGGUUCCCACCUCAUAAAAUUCCCAGAACAUCCCACCAUGAAGCCACCAGCUGAGGAACAGUCUUUCAAUUAGAGAGCCUCUUUGAGGGGUGGGAGGAGGGUUAGGGACAGUUCCUCUGGAAGCUGUUCAGUCUGUAACUAUUUUAACAGCUCGUUAUUUGUCCACUAGAUGGCGCCUUUGUACUUCUUUGUCUCCCUCAAAGGCCAAGCAGGAGGCCAGAAAGCAACCUGCAGGUUUAAACAAAUUCUCUGUGAGUGUAAUAUCCGGGCCUAUUAAAUCAAACUGCUUCAGUUCCGAGAUUCCCACCUUUUAAUAUAUAAUUGUUGUAAAAAUUUA